UCAGGUCUCAGCGGAAUAAACAGUUUGUGUGAGUUGUCCAUCAGACACCGGGGUAUUAACACAGGGGUAUAAACACAGGGUAUUAACGCAGGCUAUAAACAUGUAUAACGUGUUAAACAGUGUGAUUAGACAGACCGCGCGGGCAGUCAGCAGGAUCUCUGCGCGCUCCAUGUGUUCAUCAACCUCAGAAGAAGUGCUGAAGAACCUGGAUGUCCUGGUGAAGAAGGACAAAGUGGUGGUGUUCAUGAAGGGGACUCCGGGGCAGCCUAUGUGUGGCUUCAGUAACGCCGUGGUGCAGAUACUCAGGAUGCACGGAGUGGAGGAGUACACUGCUUAUAACGUGUUAGAUAACCAGGAGCUCAGACAAGGUGUGAAGUCCUUCUCCAACUGGCCCACGAUUCCUCAGGUCUUCUUUAACGGAGAGUUUGUUGGUGGAUGUGACAUUUUACUGCAGAUGCAUCAGAGUGGAGACCUGGUGGAGGAACUGGAAAAACUGGGCAUCAGAUCAGCACUGCUCGACAAACAAACCCCCUCCAACUAGUGUGUGUUUCUGUGUGUGUGUACACAGUAUCAUAGUAUCUUCAUAAAUCAGUCUAUAUCUGGGAUUUUUAUCAUCUAUAACACUGGUGUGUGUGUGUGUUCAUGUUGUACAAUUACUGGUGUGUGAGUGAGUGUGUGUAUGAACUUUAUCAAUAAAAUCUAUUAAAUUGC